GCAUCAAGCAAAUGAGAAUAAUCAAAAUCGAAUCAUCAUCAAAAAGUCAAGCGAACGUCAGAGAUAGAGAGAGAGAUCCAGACUCGUGUUCUGGUCAUCAAUGGGUAGCGAUUGGAGAGGAUCGAUGGGGAAGGUGAGGUCUUUCGUGGGGAACUCCAUGGGAGGUCUUAGAGGAGGUCAGAAUCUCGCAUCUUGGCUCGUCGCGGGUACAGUCGCUUACUAUCUCUGGGUUAAACCGGCUCAGGAUCUCAAAAAGGAACAAGAGGCUAGGGCACUUCUGGCGGUGGCGGAUCGAAAUGAUUACGUGGAGAAGAGGAAACCAAUCGCUGAUCCUCAGGUUACUGGUCUGGUUUAUGGAAACAAGAACAUAACCGAUGAUAAACCACAGGAUUGAAUGUUUCUUUUUUUUUUGUUUCUGCAAGUUUUUGAGAACAUCACUUUGUAAGUCUGUUAGCUUCGGCAGUUUUGUUUUGUUUAAUCCGAUAGCUACGAAGAUGAUCAUUGUACAGACAAAACACUAUAGAUGUGUGACUUUACAAACAAUCGAGUUAAAAAAAAAAGAUGGAAACUUUUUUUUUCUGAAGGAUUUA